AUGAUCAAUGCCUCGACCGAUGAGCCACUUCACGUGCUCGAUCUCCCGCAACUCUACGAGAAGCCCUCCGGCACCGAGCUUGUGAGAGCGCUGGCUCUCCUGAGUUUGCAGCCACGUACAUUCGGCACCAGCGCUGAUGUCGUCAAGGGCCCUGCCGUCCAACCCGCCGGCGUGACUCGGUAUCUCACAUCCAUUAUCUCGAGCCCGUUGGCAUGGCUCGAGACCGAUGAACUCCGCGAGGCAAUCUGGGACGCGGCCGCUGCCCGACUCAGUGAGCGGUCUGGCCGAACAGCAAUGCCGGCUAUGUCUCGAACGUUCAAUGUGCCCGCCUCCUCUGGUGAGGACUACACCCUGACCCUCCACGAGCCUUCCAUCACGGCCGACAACCUCGGCAUGAAGACCUGGGUAUCAUCCUACCUUCUUGCCCGCCGCCUCCACAAAUUCCUCGAAUCACCACCGGCGCUGGUUCCUGCCGUCUCAACUGAACCCUCCCCAUCCAAGACGGAGACAUCUCUGCGAGCCCUUGAACUUGGCGCUGGCACUGGAUUGGUCGGACUGGCCUUUGCCGCUCUCCAGGGUAAAUCGGCUAGCAUCCACCUAACUGACCUGCCGGAGAUUGUUCCAAAUCUCGCCCACAACGCCGCCUUGAACGUAGAGCUCCUGAACCGGACCGGAGCGACUGUUACCACCGGCGUGCUUGACUGGACAGUCACGCCGUCCCCCCUGCCAUCGGCGGAGCAGCGAUUCGACGUGAUUCUCGCGGCUGACCCGCUAUAUUCCCCCAGUCAUCCGAAAUUGCUGGUUGAUACCAUUUCGCCUUGGCUUAGCCAUGGACGUGAUGCGCGGGUCGUGACGGAGAUGCCUCUUCGCGAUGCGUAUCUCCCACAGGUUCAGGAAUUCCGGAGGCGAAUGGGUGAGUUGGGUCUUGCGGUGGUUGAGGAGGGUGAAGAGAUUGGAUAUGACGACUGGGAGAGCGCAGAUGGAGGCGCUCUGGCCGUCAAGUGUUGGUGGUCCAUCUGGGGAUGGAGUGAGAAGGUAUAG